AUGAUGUCAGCGGCGCCGAUUCAGAUUUCGAGUACGCCGGUGCCGGUGCCGGUACCUGAGCCUGCCUGUUCGAAGGUUCAUGGGCCGCCUGGGAAGCGCGCAUCGGGGCUGUCCUCUUCGUUCGGGGAUGCACCAGUCACCACAUCGUGUCCCCACUGCCACAAAGCUAUCACCACGACCGUCGCCUACCGGCACUCCUGCCUGGGGAUCUCGAUCUGCCUCUUCGUCACCCUCCUGCUCGGCUGGUACGCCUUCUGCGUCGUCCCCUUCCUUUGGAUGGGCUUGAAGGACGCGGUUCACACAUGCCCCUCCUGCAGAAAUUUGAUCAAUCGGCAGUCGCGAAUUCAGAUCCCGUUGGGAUCUUUGCGAGAUGAAAUCGUGACGGUCAAGUGCGGCAACUGCGCGGUCGUUCUCUCGCGGAGCUAUUUCCUGCUGUUCUUCGUUAUUUCUUUCCUCAUUCUCGUUUUUUACAUCUUGCGCGCCGGAUGGCUGGGCAGCGCCCUAGAUGUGAUCCCCAGGGGUCCGUCCAUCACAGCAAGCUGGCGGGACUUUUACGACAAGUGCGGACAGAAGAGUCAGCUGGGGAAUCCGCUACAGGCCGCGGGGAAUUUCCGCGAGCACUUUUCGGGGAAGACCGUUAAGUGGGAAGGCUUGGUGAAGCAAAUCAAAGAGGGCACGUUCAGCUCGAACUUCCUUUUCGUUGCCAUGUAUCCGACAAUGACAGCGGAAGGCCGCGGCCGGCGCGGGGCAGGGGGUCUUGGGGGCGGGGAGCCUGAGGGAGAUCUUGCGUCGCUGCUUUUUGGCGACGACAAAGCUGAAGGAGGCGAGGACGGCGCCGACGCUCGCCGCAGUCCGGCUGCACCAGCAGGCGACGCACGCGACGACGACGGCAAGACGCCCGAGCAGCGUGAGGAGGCUGAGCUGCUCGCCCUCGAUGAAGAAAACAAAGGCAUGCAGGGAGACAGCGCGGACCUCGCGCUCGCCUUCAGCGAAGACCUCAACAAAAAAGUCGAAGCACUCGUCCCCGGAGAUAAAAUCUCUUUCGAGGCGACGCUCGUUGAGUUGGGAAGGAGGGGCCGGCCGUCGCUGGGGCGUCUGUGGGAUGUGACAGUCGUGGAGCGGUGGGAAGACAGGAAGAAGCGCCUGCGGGAGAAGGCGGAGGACGAGCAGCGUUCAUUUUUCGAGCACCUGCUGCCGUCGUUCGCGUCGCCGUUUGGCGGCUUCAGCCCCUUCUCCCUCAUGGGCUCGCUCGGAGGCAGGGGCGUCAUCGUCGUGCGCAGACAAGUCCUCACGUCAGACCCUGCGUCGUCGCUCGCCUCCAUCACGCAGACGUGGCAGUCUCCACGCGCAGGCGAGCCCGACGGCGAGGGCGACGGCGUAGUCCGCGUCGUACGCGUGGUCCGCGACGACUGGGGGGGGAGGGGGGGCGACGGGGUUUUUGACGGGGUCGCCUCAGGCGAGGAGGAAGACCAGAGAGCGAAGGGCGCCCAGGGAGGACUUGAGCGCCUCGCUGAGGGCGUGGGAAAGCGCGACGCACAAAAUCUCGCGAACAAGUUCCCCCAUCUCUCGGGAGUCCUUGAGCUGUUUGGCGACUCCGGAGGGGCUGUGAACCAGUCGGCCCGCGGCGCGGACGACCCGGUCCUGUCGCUGGGGGGGGCGGCGGCGGCUCACAGCGGAGGCCUCGGGUUCGGAGCUCUGGCAGACGCCGACGACGGAGCCCCGCAAGAGCAGGGCGGCUGGGAGAAGCUGCUCGAGGAGCUGCGGGCGCAGCGGGCCGGCGCGGGCGAGCCGAAGACGCCCAAGAGCGGCGGGGCGGCCGCCAAUCUGUUUCCCUUCCUCAAGCUCGGUGAUGAACGCGCGGACGACGACGACGACGGCGCCGAAACUCUGAAGGACGCGAAGCACGCGGAGACGUGGACCGACGCCGGGAAAGACGAAGCAGACGCAAGCGGCCUCCCCAGCGAGCCCCGGCCGGCUGCGGGAGAGACAUGGAAAGACCGCGCAGGCGCAGGGGCGGGCGCCGCACCGUCGCCGCGAGCUUCGACCGGAGAGAAGGACGCGACUCGAGCGGAGGCCGUGUGGGGGACUCGUGAGGAGGGAGGAGCCGGGCAGCUCCCGCCAGUCUCGGCGGGAAAGGCUUCGCCACAGCGAAAGGCGCCCGCGGCGCAGCCCGAGAGAGCACGGGGCGCCGCGGGCGCCAAACAGACGGAGGCGAGGCAGCGCGGAAAGAAAAAUGUCGUGAAGACUGAGCGAGAUGCGGCCCCUCGGAGCGGGGCUGCCUCUGCAGAGAAACAAGAGACAGCCAAGCCUGGCGCUCAGACUCGCAACACGAACGCGCAGGCGAAGCGAGAGGCCAAAAGGCUAGUUUCGCCUUCGAUUGAGAGGCCGGCGUCGCAGCAGAAAAAUGGAGAUAGCAAGCUAUCACCUAAGCAGCCGCAGCCUGCAAAUACGCCACAGGGCUAG